GACGGUGUCGUGACUCCAAAUCAAAAUAUUUCUUUAUGGCCGUUUAUUCUCAUGAUUAAUGAGGUACCUAUCCCACAACGAAGAUACACGGAGAACAUUAUUAUCGCUGGCGUGAUUCCAGCUAAAGUAAAGCCAAAUAACAUUGUAUUCGAAGCGUGUCUAGAUCUAAUUACAGAAGACCUACAACUAAUCGAAAAUGGACAGCAAUAUUAUAUUAGCGAUUUAGAUGCAACAGACACAUUACAUUUUUUUACAAUUGCAAGUUGUACUGACAAACCGGCUGAAGCGUUAAUGGAAAAUGUCGUUGUUUAUAACGCUGAAUACGGAUGUCCAAAAUGUUUCACUCCUGGCGAGAUAUUUCAUGGUGAACGUGGGUUAGGAAAUAAGAUAAAAAAAUUUCACAUACGUGUGUUUCCAUAUGGCGAUAUUGAAGAUCGAACACAGGAUAAAUGUACUGAAAUAGUCAGAGACAUGGAAGAUGAAAAACUGUCGAAACCUCACCGUGGCCAUUCUGGGCGAUGCCAAUUAACUCGGCUUCGAUUUUUUAAAUAUGGAUCGUCAUUUUUAACUGAUUCGUUACAUACAAUUUAUAGUGGUGCAUUCAAAAAACUUUGUGAUUUAUUAUUUCACAAACAACACAAGAAGCAAAAGUGGUCUUUACACAAGAAAAUCAAGGAUAUUGAUGAUCUAUUGCAGUGUGUGCGAAUACCAUCAACAACAUCAAGACGUUUUCGUACCAUUUCAAUUAUUAAUAAAUUCAAAGGGAGUGAAUACCGAAGUUUAUUCCAUUUUGGCUUUAGUACAAUAUUACUAUUUGUUAAAGACACAAAAUUAAAACAGUUAUUAUUAUCUUUCGUUACAGCGGUUAAUCUGGCAUUAAGCGACCUGACAACAAUUGAAAUAAUCCAAACGAUUAAAUUAUUAUCAAAUUAUUUUGUACAAUCGUUUGAAGCGAUUUUUGGCAAACGACAUAUGGUUAGUAAUAUCCAUUCCUUACUUCAUUUGUACAAAACAGUUGAAUUUAUUGGUCCCAUUUGGAUGUGUUCAACAUUCAAUUUUGAAGAUUUGAUUGCAAUGGUGCAUGGAACAACUGAAUAUGCAAAGCAAAUUAUUAAAUCACAUACCUUGUUCCGCCAUGCCAUUAUUAGCAUCAGUGAACCGCGUUAUCCAUUACGGUUAUUGCAAUUUAAUGAGCAAUUAAUGAACAGAAAAACUUACUGGUCUGUCUACCAUCAACAGAUUGACGACUGUUUAUUAUCCAAACAAAUUGACGCGACUGCAUACGACACAAGUACAAAUGGAUUAGCGACAUAUGCCCAACGUUUUUUUAAAGAUCAAGUGACGUUUCAUCAUAGUGUAAUGAUUAACAAUUGUUUUUUUCGCACAACAUCAGCAACUUAUCGGCAACUAUUUGGUGACUGCUGUAUUUCAUUCGAUUUUGGAUCCAAUGGGGACGGGGCAUCCGGACGUGACGUCCGGAUACGUCCACUGUUGCGGCGGCGUCCGGACGCCGUCAUCCCGUCCAAAAGUGAGACUUUCAGUAGUCCACUUUCAUGUACCUGACACGGCGUCAUGUCGUAUCGCUGGAUGUUCGUCCGUGCUGGGCAUCUAGACGGCCGUCUUGAAAGGGUCCUUCUGUGAUGAGUUGCUUUACGGAAAAAGCGACAGCUUUCGGCAUAAGACGGGCGUCCAGACUAUCGUCCUAAUGCGUCCUUUUUUGCGGGGCGCGGACGCCGUCAUCCCGUCCAAAAGUGAGACUUUCAGUA